GUUUAUGUCUGUAUAAUAUAUAUUAAUGAUCGAUGUUUGUUUACAAAACUCCCUUAUUAUAUACUUUCUUGGUUUUUUGGAUUAGUAAGCUCACAGCAUAAAAAAUAUAGAUCUAAAUAGAAACAAAAGAGUUGGCCUUUAAAGAGAGACCACACCACCCAGUGCUAUAGAAUCUUCUCCCAUUAUGUUUUCAGGCUUCAGUAACAAAAAGAAUAUGACACAGAAAAAGGCUUUCUUUAUGAAGAAUGGAGGUGCAGUGUUGGAGCAGACCAUUCUUUUGUUUAAUGGAAAAUCCAAUCCACUUCGGUCAUACUCUUCUCAACAACUGAAGAUGGCUACACACAACUUCGAUUUCAGCAGACUGAUACAUGAGGGUGCGGGCUACAGAAUGUACAAGGGAGUUGAUAAAGAAGACGAUUGUGAGAUUUCGGUGAAAAAAUUCUCAUAUUAUUCACGUUUUAAUAGAAAUGAAAGUUUGGAAAAGAUUGCAAAUGAAGUUGCAAUUGCAUCACAGAUGAGCAACCACAAGAACGUUUUGAAGCUAUUGGGGUACUGCCUUGAGACUGAGUUGCCCAUGUUGGUGUACGAGCUCCCUGUUCAUGGUAACCUCUCCCGUUUCGCCGAGAGAAUUGGUAAAGAAGCACAGCUGACAUUUGAGACCAAGUUAAGGAUUGGUAUUGGAAUUGCAAAUGCGGUUGCGUACCUCCACCACGGCCAUUCACAGACCUUCAUCCAUCGAGAUAUCCAUAGCGGACAAGUGUUCUUAGACCAAGACUACGGUGCUAAGCUGUGUAGUUUCUAUGCGUCCAUCCCAAUUCCAGAAGGUGAAACUCAUGUAGAAGCCGAUGUAUUUGGGACAAAAGGGUUUACUUCUCCAGAGGUAGCAAGGUACGGCGUUAUACAGAAAGGAGUGAUGCCUAUGACUUUGGGAUUCUAUUGUCUGAAUUGUUGACAGGAAAGAGUUGGAGUCAAAUACUUUGGGAUAAUGAGAAUGAUUCGGCUGAGAUUGAUAGUUUGAAUGAUCGGAAUGACACUUAUUAUGCUAAAUUCAAACGUGAGUUGGAUGCCAAGAUGUUGGUAGAAGAAGAAGAAGAAAUAAGAGGUCAAGUAAUGGAAUGCACCGAGCUAGUAGAGAGGUGUAUCAAUGAAGCCGUGGAGGAGAGACCUAACAUGGUGGAAGUAGCAAAAGCUCUCAUUUUGAUCAAAACCAACACUACCCAAUAAUAAUAACAAUAAUAAGUAGUGUUUUACUUGUUAUGCUUAGAUGCAUCAGUAUCUCUCUGCUUCAUGCAUCUAAUAUAUAUAUAUAUAUAUUUUUUUCUCUUUAAUAUGCGGCUUAUUUAUUUAACUUGAUUUUGAAUUUGUUUAGCUUGAUUGAUGGGUAUUAGUUCAUUGAAAAAAAUGUUUUUAUUCGCAUUUUGAAUUUCUAAACACAAAACGGUGGCUACUUAAUAUUAAUAUUAAGAAAUAUAAUUUUGUACAAUUUUGAAAUUAUAUACUCUGUCUUCCUAAAUGUAUGAUCUUUAAACUGCUUUGGUGUAUAAGAUCAAAGAAGAAAGUGGCACUACAAAAUUUGUGAUGAAGAAAUUUGGUCUAAA